GAUCCCCUUACACCGGCGGCUCGGCUGUCGCGCCUUGCGCCGGGGGAGGGGAGGCUGCAGGAAACAGUGGAUCCGGCGGCGGCGGAGGCGGUGGCCCUGGUGGCCGAGCUCCUCCGGCCAUGGAGAGCGCGGCGGCCCGCGAGGCCCGGGGGGCCGAGGCCCCGCGCCCGCCUGCGCCCCCACCUUCGCCCUCGGAGCCCCCGCCCGCGCCCCGCGCCCGGCCGCGCCUCGUCUUCCGCACGCAGCUGGCGCACGGCAGCCCCACCGGCAAGAUCGAGGGCUUCACCAACGUCCGCGAGCUCUAUGCCAAGAUCGCCGAAGCAUUUGGGAUCGCGCCCACCGAGAUCUUAUUCUGCACCCUAAAUAGCCACAAAGUGGAUAUGCAGAAACUCCUGGGAGGCCAGAUAGGGCUGGAGGACUUUAUCUUUGCGCAUGUGCGCGGUGAGACCAAGGAGGUGGAGGUAACGAAGACGGAGGACGCCCUGGGGCUGACCAUCACGGACAACGGGGCCGGCUACGCCUUCAUCAAGAGGAUCAAGGAGGGCAGCAUCAUCAACAGAAUUGAGGCUGUGUGCGUGGGCGACAGCAUCGAAGCGAUCAACGACCACUCCAUCGUCGGCUGCCGCCACUACGAAGUCGCCAAGAUGCUCCGUGAGCUGCCCAAGUCCCAGCCCUUCACCCUGCGCCUGGUGCAGCCCAAGAGAGCCUUCGAUAUGAUUGGCCAGAGGAGCCGGAGCAGCAAAUGCCCCAUGGAAGCAAAAGUGACCAGCGGGCGGGAGACCCUACGGCUUCGUUCUGGGGGGGCCGCCACAGUAGAGGAAGUGCCCAGUGAAUUUGAGGAGGAGGCAUCUCGGAGGGUGGAUGACCUGCUAGAGAGUUACAUGGGCAUUCGGGACCCAGAGCUGGGUAAGGGGCCAGGCAUCCACCAUGGUGGAGACAUCCAAGAAGACGACGAGCGUUCAGGAGUUUGCGCGCCAUUUAGACUCCGUCUUGGGCGAGUUCGCCUUCCCGGACGAGUUUGUGGUGGAGGUGUGGGCCGCCAUCGGCGAGGCCAGGGAGGCCUGUGGCUAGUCUGUCCUGGGGCCGAGCGCAGCCCCAGCCCGGAGGCCAGUCCCCUUCCCCAGCCCUGCCAGCCGGUUCCCGAAGCCCAGCCCUGCUCCAGAGCCCAGCCCAGAUCUGAGACCCAGCCCUUCUCUAGAGCCCAGGCCAGCUCUGAGACCGAGGUCACCUCUAGAACCUAUACCAGUUCUGAGACCAAGCCCAGCUCUGAGACCACGCCCUACUCUAGACUCCAAGCCAGCUCUGAGGCCAAGUUCAUCUCUAGAACCUCACCUGGUUCUGAGACCCAACCCAGCUCUAAAACCCAGGCUAGCUCUGAGACCAAAUUCACCUCUAGAAUCCAUACCAGUUCCGAGACCAAGCCCAGCUCUGAGACAAAGCCCUGUUCUAGAACCAAGCUCAGUUCUGAGACCAAGCCCUGCUCUAGACCCCAGACCAGCUCUGAGACUAAGUUCAUCUCUAGAACCUCAUCUGGUUCUGAGACCCAACCCAGCUCCAGAGCUCAGCCCAGUUCCAAAACCCAGCCCUCCUCUAGAACCCAGGACAGGUCUGAGGCCAAGCCGAGCUCUGGCACCAAGUUAAGUUCUGGAACCCAGACAAGUUUUAAGACCCAGCCCAGCUUAGAGAUAAAUCCCAGUUCUGGAAGCCAGCCCAGCUCUAUGAACAAAGCCAGCCAUAAAACUCGACCUGACUCUGGAACUCAAGACAGCUCCAUUGCACAGCCAUACCUGGACACCCGGCCUAGCUCAGGAACACCAGUUAGUUGUGAAACCCAGGUGAGACUCAAGAAGCAGCCCAGCUGCAAAAGCCAUGCCAGCUCAGGAUUCAAAGACGGCUCCCAAACUCAACCCUAUUUACAAACCCAGACCAGCUCAGGAACCCAGAUGUAUGCAGCAGCUCAGUCCAGAUCCAGACCCCAACCCUACUCUAAAACCCAGCUGCACUCAAGUAUCCACCCCCAUUCUGGGGCCCAGUCCAGCUCCAGUGAGGAGUCCAGCUCAGAGACUGACCCUAGAUCUAGAUCCCGGCCUCCUGGUACAACCAGACCCAGCUCCAGAAUCCAGAUGAGCUCUGGAACCCCACCCAUCUCGGAGACAAGGCCUGCCUCCAGAGCUCAGCCUGACACUGAGCCCCGCUCUCUCUGCAGUAAGCAGACCAGCUUUACAACGCCAUCUGACUCUAAGACCCAGACCAACUUCAAGGCCUGGCCAAUUUCCAGACCUCAGUCCAGCUCAGGCACCCUACCCAGCCCCAGAAUUCAGCUCAGUUCUGGAGCACAGACUGGCUCUGAAAUCCCAUCCAGCUCCAAAACACAGUCAGUUGCUGAGACCCAGUUGAGCUCCAGAAUCCAGGUAAACUCUGGAAUCCAAUCUAGUCCUGGGAUCCAGACCAAUGCAGCGACAGACCUAAGCGCCACAACACUGUCUCGCUCCAAGAGCAGGCCCAGCUCCACGACCCAUCCCUGCAUAGCUCAAUCAACCUCUGGGACUCAGCUCAUCUCGGAAACCCUGCCAAGUUCUAGAGACCAGCUCCAGGCCACAACCCAAAACAGCUCUGGUACUGAGCCAGACUUUGGGAAGCAGACUAGCUCUGGAACUCAGCUCACCUCUAGAGCCCAGCUGAGCUCCAGGAUUCAGUUCAACUCUGAGACUCAACCCAACUCUGAAACCCAGACCAGUUCAAGAAUACAGCCCAGCUCUGGAAACCACCUUAGUUCUAGAACCCAGCCUGUUUCUGGAACCCAACCCAACUUCAGAACCCAGUCCAGUUCUGGAACCCAGCUCACCUCCAGAACCCAGUUUAGUACCAGGAUUCAGUUCAGCUCUGAGACCCAGCCCAGCUCUGGGACUCAAGCCAGUUCAAGAAUGCAGUCUAGUUCCAGAACCCAGCCUGUUUCUAGAACCCAAACCAGUUUCAGAACCCAGAGCAGUUUUGGAACGCAGUUCAUCUCUGAGACCCAUCCCAGCUCUGGAACCCAGCUCAGCUCUGAGAUUCAGCCCAGCUCUGGAACCCAGGCCAGUUCAAGAAUUCAGCCCAGCUCUGGAGCCCAACUCAGCUCUGAAACCCAGCCCAGUUCUGAAUUCCAGAGCAGUUCAAGAACUCAGCUCAGCUCUGGAGUCCACUGUAGUUCCAGAACCCAGCCUGCUUCUGAACCCCAAUCCAGCUCCAGAAACCAAACCAGCUCAAGAAUCCAGCUCAGCUUUAGAAAUGGGCUUCGCCCACAGACCCCUGGCCUUGACCCUAGAACCCAGCCUGAUCCCACUCCCCAAGCCCAGCCUCAGCCCCCAGGCCCACCACCCAGAGCCCUGACUCCAGUUCCUAGCAAAGUGUCUCAGCUCCAGCCCCAGCCCCAUGAUCUGGUACAUGGAACCCAGGCCAACACUGGCCCGGGCCGAGGCUCACCAACUUCCCACCUGGCCCCACAGCCACAGGUGCCUUCAGCUCCCCAGAAACCAGCCCUUUUCCCCAAGCCCCAGAUAGGGCCCCGUAAGUCCACCCCACCCUCCAUAUCUGUCAUCCCUAGUUCUGCCUCCAGGGUGGCCCUCCUGCAACCCCAGCCCCCGGAACCCCCAGCUCAGGGGCCUGCCACCUCCCCCAUGCUCAGGGAGCUGGGGACUGCUCCAUGAGCAUCAGAGCUCCUCCCCCAUCACGGGGGGGGGGGGUUGUAGCUUGGGAAUUACAUAGUUUUGGCCCCUGUGGACCUCAUUCCCUUUCCUGCCCCGCUCAGCCCAGGUCCCCCAGAAGCAGCAGGUGACCUCAUUCCCCCACAAGCAGGGGGAGGAAGUGGAAACAGGGGCUUCAGUUUCACUGGACCUGGCUCUGGGAGGUGUAAGCAGAUCCCAGGUCUGUGGAGGGGAAAGAGGGGGGUCAGGGGAUGGUUUGUUCUUCAUGUACCUCGAGGGCCCGUGGGGAAUA